UAGAGUAGAAGGGAGACAGACGCACUCGCAUGAAACCACGGGCGAACCAUGAUAAUGCAAGCUCACUUUUUUUCUGACGUAGCGGAUGUUUAACGAGAGAUAAAUACUACAGUCGCCCUCAUACUGGUGUCGGAGGGGAAAGAGCCGAAACGGGGAAAAAUAGCGGAUGGUUUGACCUCAUUGGGGUUAUUUGUUGUUUUCGUCGCCGUUUUUGUGGAGACCACCGAUGUAACGGUUCUGGAUUUGAUGGGUUGGGUUGACAGGACGGGAUGCACAAAAGAGCGUCUCUUACACGGUGUUUAGUAGCAGACCUAGAACGGAGGAGGGGAAGAGGGGAACACAACAACAAGGAGACGUUCUUUAUUAGCCGGGGGAAGACAGCGCCAGACCAGGAUACGGUAGCGGAGAGAAGGAGAAGACCGAAAGCGUCGCUCGAAUGAUUGUGCUGUGGUGGAUCCCGCGACGAUGCGACGACACUGCUGGGUGAUAGUGCUGGCGGGGAUGUUGUCGUACUUCAACCCGGAGAGAGCCCUUGGAGCCCCGCAGAGAGAAGUCUCUCAAUCCAGGGCUGCGUCUCUCUCUUCUCCGCCCUACGUCGUCAUCCUCAUCUCUUGCUCGGGUCUCGUCUCCUUUGUUUUACUGCUCUUCACCUGUCUGUGCUGUAAGAAGGGAGGAGUGGGAUUCAAUGUAAGUCUCCGUCAUGAGUUUGACAAUGCAGAGGGGGAGGAGUGUUCUGGGGGUUCUAGCCCCGCCCAGGAGGACAGUCUGUCCUCUUGCCCCUCCCUCCCGGAGGUCUACACCCUCCCACUCAGGGACAGGGCUAACUGCCUCGCCCUGCAGGAUGGCUCAGACUCUAAGUCGAAGUACUUCCAUAGGCACACUCUCAACUACCUUCAGGAAAUAGGAAAUGGCUGGUUUGGAAAGGUGAUCCUAGCGGAGGUGCUGUGUGACUGCAGCUCUUCCCAGGCCGUGGUGAAGGAGUUACGGGUCAGUGCCAGCCCUCUGGAGCAGAGGAAGUUCUUGGCUGAGUCUGAGCCAUACAGAACAGCCUCAAGUCAGGGUAUGGACUCUACAAGGUGUCAAAAGCUUUCCACAUGCUGGCCCAUGUUGACUCCAAUGCUUCCCACAGUUGUAUCAAGUUGGCUGGAUUUUCCUUUGGGUGGGGGACCAUUCUUGAUACACACGGGAAAUUGUUGAGUGUGAAAAACCCAGCAGCUAUGCAGUUUUUGACACACUCAAACCAGUGUGCCUGACACCUACUACCAUUCCCCAUUCAAAGGCACUUAAAUCUUGUGUCUUGCCCACUCACCCUCUGAAUGGCACACUUACACAAUCCAUGUCUCGAUUGUCUGAAGGUUUAAAAAUCCUUCUUUAACUUGUCUCUCCCCCUUCAUCUUCACGGAUUGAAGUGGAUUUAAUAAGUGACAUCAAUAAAG